AGAAACUUUCUUUAGCGCCAAUAGUAACCACACUCCAUCAAUGGUCAGUGAGUUAUUUAAUUAGAAUCGAAAAUGAAAAUAAUUUCGUCGGUUUUUGUGCUCUUCGCUGUUAUCACUGUCGUGCAUUCGGCGAAUUCAAUAUGGGGUACGUCAAAUAGCACUGAUAACGUUAUUUACAAGAACAAUUUAUUUUACCCCGCUAUAAGGAAUGUGGCGCAAACAUUUUUCUUCAGCAUACCAGAAUCGUAUAAAAGUAAUAGUCGCGUCAUAAGCUCUAUUCAGCUGGAAGAUCAAUUUAAAAAUAACACAGGUCCAACUAAUUCCCUGCUGACUGGCGGUCCCAAUUGGACUUAUGCGACGGUGCGUAUGGUAACCCAACGCAGCUAUGGUCUCAAUGUUACUGUAACUGUUUAUGGUAGAUACGUGAUGUAAUCAAUAAAUAACAAUAAAAAAAACUGAAAUUCAGAAUAAAA